AUGACACCUUCGGAUAUUGCAAACGAAGCCCUCAACUCCACCCUUGAGGCUGUGCAACCGCUCAUGAAGCGCUGUAUGAAAUUGAAGGAAAGCGACCCAACCGCAUUGAUAUUCUCCGAUGAGAUCGCCAGACGGGUGGCAAAAGAUUUGAAGCUUUAUGGGGGCGCCUCCACAUCGUUCUCCCCUCAGCUGCUGUCUUGUGCAGCCGUAAUACGGCAGCAUUCAAAAGCUGGGGCAUUUGUAUCAUUGCCUGACUGGAACUCCGUGGUCGACAACGACCCGCGCAUUAAGACACACCCACGGUUCCACAAGACUAUAGGUUAUCGUCCUCCGCCCCCCGCAUAUCCCGACGCAGAGCCGGAACCCAGCAUGUCGUCAUCCACUGUGCCGGCGGAGCCAAAUUCAACGAGAGGGACUCUCGUAAUUGCAUCAAAGGCCCCAGACCUCAUUCAGUCCCUCCAUGUUGUCCCGGAGGUGCAACCAAGCAUAGCUGAGUUGCUAUCUCCCGCUGCACCUGUUGCGGAACCUCUCAUAUCAGGUGUACAAAUUACUGCAACCGGCAUGCCCAAUCCGGAACCAACACCCCCGUGUUCCAUCUCAACAGCUCCCGUGACAGUCGGACGAAAUGUUAAUGGCAAUGUAAGAUCGGUACGGCAAGGCAAUGCACCUACCUGCCAGCCGCAGAAAAGGAAACUGGAAACAAACGGCAGCGAACCCGAACCAAGUUCGGUACCCCGGAAGCCGGUUGAGAAACGACGGAGAAAGUUUGCGUCGGAUGAAGAGGGAAAUGGUGCCACUGGCACCAUUCAUGUGAAGGUGACAUUCAGAGCAUUACUUUGUUUGUUGCUAAUGGCGUUGUCCGUGAAAGCCCGCAAUGCUGUGGCUCCCACGGCGAUGUCUCCAUCCGAAAUUGUGGACGAGAGAGGUUUUUGGGAUGCAGAAUCCAGGCCGGUCGGAUGGGGUCUAGAUGCCACAGUUGCUACGGCGGUAGAGCAUUCCGUUCGCUAUCAUCCUCGGAAAUGCGACAAAUGCAUUAAAAUGGAUGUGCGAUGCAUUGUUUUACCGGACAAGAAGUUCGGGUGUACCAGACUCGCCUGCGCAAACUGCGAUGAGAUGAAGAUUACCUGCGCCAUCGACGGGGUUGGUAUCAGGCAGAGGCUGCAAGCAAAGGCGCAGAAAGCUGUCAUGAAAACCGGCGUCGAUCCAGAAGUCAAACGUUCCAGGACGCAUGCCCCCAAGUCACGCACGGCUGUCAAAACACCUGUCUUAUCAGCUCCUCCGAAAGCAGCUAAACCGUCCAGACGUUUGUCCCUUGCCCCGAAGAAAGUUGUGUUUGAGAACCCAACGAUUGAGGUCCGGCAAGAACCCGAGGCCAUGAUGCCGGAUGAUGCGAACAUCAGGGCAUCGCGUAAUAUACAGUCAUUCAGAUCUCUACAACUCCCACCGGUCGACGUGCCAGCACCGCUCACAUCUUCCAUGGCACCCACCCCCUCAGAGCCUGAACCCACCACAAGAGACAUAUUGCAAAGCAUACAAGACCUCGGUAGGAGAUUCGAUCUCCUGGCAACCGACGAGCGGGUGGAUGCUUUGCAUGUGAGGUUAGAUUCGGUGGAGCGGAGGAUUAGUUUGAGGCUAACGGCGCUGGAGGAAGGGUUCUCCGUAUCUAAUGCGCAUCGGGAAAACUAUCUGUAUGCGCAUGGCCCUCGCGCACACGGUUCCGCAUAUGCACCCCAGUACCUCCCGGAACCAACCAUCGCAUCGUGGCCGAAACACAAUCACGCCGGUGAUGAACCCCCGGGUAUCUCCACCAUAGGCAGAGAGUACACCCAUGCAUGGGAUCUGCAUGACGAAGCCCCGACUUCCACAUCCGGUUGGCGGCAGACCAACUCCCUAGAUCCUCCUUAUAUACGCGAGGCUUCGAUUGCAUCUUCUCCAUUGUCCAGCACGUCGCCUGUCAAAUCAGAGGAGUAG